AUGGCGGGGUCCGCGGCGGCUCCGGGAGGGCGGCUGGGCGCGUGCUUAGAGGUGCUGGCAGCCGCCACGGCCCAGCCCCAGCGCUUCCUCAGCGUUCAGGAUGGACUUGCCAGUGACUUCAUCUCGCUAACAAAAACAUUAUAUGAUUUCCACAAAGCUCUUGGGACUGAUGUUCUUUCUGGAAGUCCUUUAAAGGAGCUGGUGAUAGAUAACUUUGAUGAAGAACAGAUCUGGCAACAGCUAGAACUCCAGAAUAAUGCAGCUCUGGGCUACUUCAAGAGAGCUGUUGCUAGAAACGUGGAGGAGGAGGGAGAUCUCUGCCUUCUCCCAGAGUUAGAGGAGGAUGGGUCUGUUGUAGGGGAUAGUGAGAAGCAGAUGGAUAGUGAGGACCAGGCGGAAGAAGACUCAGAUCUGAACAGCGAUCACCUUGAAGAGGAAUGCGAGCUUGAAGAAAAGAGAAGUCCACUAGGAACAGUGAAAAGCCAUGCAUUUAGUGACGAGGAUUCCGAUAUGGACUUCGACAUUGAUAAAUUAGAGCAGCAAACCCGAAUGUCAAAGAGCAUCAUAAAAAAAACAGGAGAGGCAUCCAUCGUGGAUGACAGAUUUUUCAAACUAUCUGAGAUGGAGGCUGCUUUGGAUGCUGCAGAGAAAAAAGAAAACAGAGAGAAGGAUGAAGAUGAAGACGAUGGAAUAGAUUAUUUUGAGGACGUUCUUUCGGAGGAGGAUGACGAGGAAGAGGAAUUUGGACACGCCAAAAUGAAGCUAAUUAAAAGUGCUCGUGAUGUUAAAUACCAAGAUUACUUUGAUCCUGUGGACGAUCCGGAAGGCUUUUCAGGUGAACACAAGUCCAGUGAAGACGGCCAGAGUGAAGGAGCAGAAAAUGACACUGACGAUGAUGACGAUGGAACUGCUAAUGAAAUUGAGGAAACGGAUGAAAUCAGACAGACAGAGACUGGAAAAAACAAAGAACCUUCCAAAAGAGUGACAUUCACCUUGCCGGAUGACAGUGACAUGGAAGAAGUUAUGGACACAUUCCAGGGAAAGACAAACCUUUCCCCUCAAAUGAAAUCGUCCUUUGAGAAAAGGCAGGAAAAGAUGGGUGAAAAAAUUAAGUCGUUGGAAGAGGAGCUGCUGAUGGAGAAACCUUGGCAAUUGAAAGGUGAAGUGACUGGACAAAAGCGGCCCGAAAACAGCCUUUUGGAAGAAAUGCUUCUUUUUGACCAUGCCGUGAAAAUGGCUCCAGUAAUCACAGAAGAAACAACUCUUGAGCUUGAAGAUAUUAUCAAGAGAAGGAUAAAAGAUCAGGCUUGGGAUGAUGUUAUCCGUAAAGAAAAACCAAAAGAAGAUCCCUAUGAAUAUAAGAAGCGGUUGACUCUGGAUCAUGAGAAAAGCAAACAGAGUCUUGCUGAAAUUUAUGAGCAAGAAUAUUUGAAACUUAACCAGAAAAAAACUGAAGAGGAAGAAAAACCUGAACAUACAGAAAUCCAGAAAACGAUGGAUGCCCUCUUCCUCAAGCUGGAUGCUCUUUCCAAUUUCCACUUCACACCCAAGCCACCUGUGCCAGAGGUUAAAAUUGUCUCCAACCUCCCAGCGAUAACCAUGGAAGAAGUAGCACCAGUGAGUGUCAGUGAUGCUGCUCUCCUCGCUCCAGAAGAGGUCAAGGAGAAGAACAAAGGUGGAGAUAUGAAAACGGAUGCCGAAAAGACUCCAACCGACAGGAAAAGGGAGAGGAGGAAAAAGAAGCUCGUGAAGCGCAUGAAGCUGAAGGAAAAGGAGAAACGGCAAAAACUGCUGGAGAAAAAUUCAGAACAAAGCAAGUUAAGCAAAAAAGCUUCAGCUGUGCAACUCAAAAAGCUCACGAAGGAGGGGAGAACCUCUUUACUCAAGGAUGAUGGCAAAGACAAGGUUUUGAAGUCCUCCAGGGCGUUCUUUUCUCAGUUGCAAGAUCAAGUGAGAAUGCAAAUUAAAGACGCUAAGAAAAGCCAGAAGAAACCGAAGAAACGAGAACUCUCUGCCCAGAAGCUGAAGCUGUAAUAUAUUAUGCAUGCACUAUUUUGUAUAAAUUAAAAUAAGGGUUAUGUGUUUUUUCCCUAA